CUCAAAAGACGAGGCCGGAGCGCACUUCUCUCAACGUAACGAUGGCCCCCAAGAGCAAGAAGACCGGUGACACCAUCAACUCGCGCCUGGCGCUUGUUAUGAAGUCCGGAAAGGUCACCCUCGGUUACAAGUCCACCAUCAAGACCCUCCGCUCCGGCAAGGCCAAGCUGGUCAUCAUCGCCGCUAACACUCCUCCUCUCCGCAAGAGUGAGCUCGAGUACUACGCCAUGCUCGCCAAGGCCCCCGUCCACCACUUCUCCGGAAACAACAUUGAGCUCGGUACCGCCUGCGGUAAGCUCUUCCGUACCUCCACCAUGGCUAUCCUCGAUGCUGGUGACUCCGACAUCCUGUCCAGCCAGUAGGUGUAAAGCCUGGUCAAUGAAUUCAUGUUAUGUCUGAACGGCGGUAUGCCAUGAUGCACAACGUCACGGCACGAUUUAGAUAAUGACAAUGAACUUUACAUCUAUAUUGGGUUUCGUUUUAAAUGCUGUAGGAUAAGAUUGUAGGAGUGAUCAGGAAGAUAGCACGGCCGUAUCACUAAAGAACCGGGGGAAGAGCGGCAGCUCGACUCCACUUUAUGAGUCACAUGACAAAAGUCCAGACAUAUUGAUAAUUAUAAAGCAGCUGAAAGUCGUCACAUUCCAUUCCGC